AUGGCACCACCUAACGACCCCACAGAAACCUUCUGGUCCCAAUGGAAGCGGUAUUCAGGCUAUCACAAGGCAGUUUUGAGGCUUAAAUUCAAGAAACCCUUCAGUGGUUUCAUUGCACCUACCGUAGCAGCACAACGCUUACGAAACACAGAGAAACAGCAGAGGGUUGGUCCAAGACGUGGAAAGCUGUCUGACGACUGUCGAGCUAAGCUUGCAAAUGGACAAUAUUGCACCUACCGUGGCAGCACAAAGCUUACAAAACACACCGGGAUGACUUGA